GAGAGAGAGAGAGAUAGAGCAAGAGAAGGAGUUGAAUUAGGAGCAGUCCCGAGCGAAAGUUUUUAACGUCUGGGUGAACUGAGUUCAUAUCACAAAGAAAUCACAUUUAACCGUAGGGUGCCACAACGAAAAGUGUUUGGAAACAAGAAUUGUAAACAUUGAAGAGGAGCAGCAACUGCGCCUGAAAUAAAUUUAAUUCGAUAGAUUCGCCGAUAGAUUCGAUAUAGCGAAAUUCACAGGGAUUUUUACUAGACGGGGUUGAGGCACAGCAAAAAAUACUUAUAUAUUUUUUGUGAUAAACGUUUUGAAGGUAUCCAAAAUUUGUACUUAAUUAUUCAUUUAUACUUAAACAAUUAUUUGGUUUGGUGUAUAAAUCUAAAGCCUGCUAAAGGAAAAAUAAGAAAAAAAAAGAAAUCUUAUAUUUAUAUAUAUUUUUACAAAACCAAUUUCUAAAAUUACGCUGAAUUUUUUUCUAUCUAAAUAAAAUCGCGUAACUUCCCAAAGUCAAAUCAAACAAGGAAAAACAAAACACACAAACACACACACACAUUUAUAUUUAGCCCAGACAAUUUUGAAACAAUUAACACAAAUACACAUAACACGUAAUAUUAACUUAGUUUGAAAAACAAGAAUUAGGAUCGAUUAACAUAUUGUAAUUCAACUGAUUUGUAAAGUUAUUAUAAGUUAAGCAACAAAAUGCGUCAAAAAGAUCUGCGCCCAGCACCAGCUCUUAUUGAGUAUAAGGGCAUGAAGUUCCUAAUCACCGAUCGACCAUCAGACAUAACAAUUAAUCACUAUAUAAUGGAGCUUAAAAAGAACCAUGUUAACACUGUGGUGCGGGUGUGCGAGCCCAGCUACAAUACGGACGAGCUGGAGGCCCAGGGUAUUACUGUUAAGGAUCUAGCCUUCGACGAUGGCACAUUUCCGCCCCAGCAAGUCGUCGACGAGUGGUUUGAGGUGUUGAAGGACAAUUUUAGAAAGUCCACAAGCGCCACACUAUCCUACUACAGACAUAAGCGUUUCUCGCUUAGACACAUACCAAAAACAGCUCCAAUGGCAGCUCGAGCCAGCCUCUCGGCAGCGGCGUCGGCGGCAACGGCAGCAGCAGCAGCAGCGACAGCAUCAAAUACUACAGCUUCUUCAGACACAGAUACAGAUACAAUGCCCCUGACAGCAAAUGAAACAGAUACAAGAUACAAUAAUACUGCAUUCGUUGAUAAUGAGACUUGUCGAUAUCAGCAGAACCCCGAGGCGUGCGUUGCCGUUCACUGCGUGGCUGGUUUGGGACGUGCCCCCGUUUUGGUUGCACUUGCACUCAUCGAAUUGGGCUUGAAAUAUGAAGCAGCUGUUGAAAUGAUUAGAGAUAAGCGACGCGGCGCUAUCAAUGCCAAGCAGCUCUCAUUUUUGGAGAAAUACAAGCCGAAGGCGCGUCUAAAGCACAAAAAUGGCCACAAAAAUUCAUGUUCUGUGCAAUAGAUUUCCAAAACCAUAUGUAUAUUCCCACCAGAUAAAAAGUGUUCAUUUUUUCAAAACAAAAAAAAGGAAAACAACAAAAACAAAA